AUGGCCAUGCAGCUGCACGCCGCGUCCCCGGACUCGGAAUACUACGUCGCCAAGUCCCCGCCGCCCCCGCCGCCUUUCUCCCCGCACCAGUCGCCGGCCCCGGCGGCCGUGAAGCCAAAGUCGCCGCAUGUCUCGCAGUCGCAGGGCGGCGGCCAAAGGGCGCCCGUUGCCACGGCGACGACGCCCCUCACGCCUAGCAGGGACAGGGCGCGCCAGGCGCACAACGUCGGCGGCGGCGACCAGGCGCAGGUGCUCAACGGGAUCGUCCUUGUGCUGCGCGCCGGCGCCGCGCUGCUGUCCUUCGUGGCCAUGGCGCUCGUCGCGUCCUGCCGCCACGGGGACUGGAUGGACUUCCUCCGCUACCAGGAGUACAGGUAUCUUCUCGGGGUGUCCGUGGUGGCGUUCGUGUACUCUGCGGCGCAGGCGUUGAAGAACUUCGGCCGGAUGCGCCGCGGCGACGCCCACGCGACCUUCCUUGAUUUCGCCGGCGACCAGGCGGUGGCGUAUCUGCUGGUCACGGCGUCGGCGGCGGCUCUCCCGAUCACGAUCCGCAUGAGGUCGGCGGUGGUCAACGUCUUCACGGACGCCAUCGCCGCGUCCAUCGUCCUGGGCUUCCUCGCCUUCGCGGCGCUCGCCCUGUCCGCCAUGCUCUCCAGACACGCGUAG